CGAGUCAGAUGAUUCCUUGGAGGUCAGUUUCAAGGAUGCCCUGGUGCUUGACAGCAGUGAUCAGGUGACUGAUAGCUCUGCUGCAGAGCAGAAUGCAGUGUGGCAGCGUAGGAAAACCUUACCUGCUGAAAUGAUCACCAGAAACAACUUCAGUGUGACGAGCAUACUUAAGAAAUGUAUCGGCAUGGAGCUGUCCAAAAUAGCGAUGCCUGUUGUGUUUAAUGAGCCCCUGAGCUUCCUCCAGAGAAUCUCAGAGUACAUGGAACACACACACCUCAUCCACAAAGCCUGCCGUUUGUCGGACUCUAUAGACCGCAUGCAGGUUGUUGCUGCCUUUGCUGUUUCAGCUGUAGCAUCUCAAUGGGAAAGGACUGGAAAGCCAUUUAAUCCUUUACUGGGAGAGACGUUUGAACUCAUGAGAGAGGACGAUGGCUACAGAUUGAUCUCGGAGCAGGUAAGCCACCACCCGCCCAUCAGUGCCUUCCAUGCAGAGUCUCUGAAGCAAGAGUUUGCUUUCCAUGGAUCCAUUUACCCAAAACUCAAGUUCUGGGGAAAAAGUGUCGAGGCCGAACCCAAAGGCACAAUGACGCUGGAGUUACUGAAACAUAAAGAAGCUUACACAUGGACAAACCCAAUGUGCUGUGUGCACAACGUCAUCUUAGGGAAGCUUUGGAUCGAGCAAUAUGGAACAGUAGAGAUUGUAAAUCACAGCACGGGAGAUAAGUGUGUGUUGAACUUCAAACCCUGUGGCAUGUUUGGAAAAGAGCUGCACAAAGUGGAAGGUCACAUACAAGACAGCAGUAAGAAGAAACACAGUGUGAUUUAUGGAAAGUGGACUGAGUGCAUGUACAGUGUGGACCCAAAGGUCUAUGAAGCACACAAAAAGUCUGACAAGAAGGCAGGAGGGGACUCAAAGAAGCUGAAGCAGGAACAUAGUUGUGAAGAUGAGAAUGCCGUUCUCGAGACUGUAACUGUGAUACCAGAAAGUGCCUUACUGUGGAGGAUAUCGCCACCACCAGCUCACUCAGAACAGAUGUAUAACUUUACCAGCUUUGCCAUGACACUAAACGAGCUGGAGCCCAGCAUGGAGCAACUACUUGCACCGACUGACUGUCGGCAGAGGCCCGACAUCAGAGCCAUGGAGAACGGAGAAAUAGACAAAGCAAGUGCAGAAAAAGAGCGCCUUGAGGAGAAGCAGAGGGUCGCGCGUAAAGAGCGAUCCAAGGAUGAGGAGGAGUGGUCAACCAGGUGGUUCCAUCUGGGAACAAACCCUCACACCGGAGCAGAGGACUGGCUGUACAAGGGGGGAUACUUUGACAGGAAUUACGUGGACUGUCCCAACAUUUACUGACAUAUGAAAAUAUUUUUACUUGUUUCUAUUGACAUCUUAAGACUGGUGUGCCGUAUAGGAUACUGUGGCUGCUAGCAUUUGAACUCAAGAGAAGAUCAUGAUCACGUCAGCCAUAGAAAGGUUUGAGUAAGUUUACUUCCUGUAAAUCAUAUGCCAACUACCCUCACCUUUUAUGUGCUCUACUUGUGUUUCUGAUGAUAACGGUAAUAGUCCACAUUGAGUAAAUGUUACACAUGUUGAAAAGGAUUUAAACCACCUGUGUGAUCUCAA